AUGACUGACGUAAAAGAGCAACUGCAUUCCACUGAAGAAAAGUAUAAGCGUUUCAAACAGCAGCAAUUCAUUUUCAUAACAGCUCUUGAGCGGUCAAGGGAGCAUGCCAGGGACAAAACUGAGCCUGUCUCCACGGUGACACAGGUUCAAAGGUACAUGAACCAUCACUGCAGCAAUGCCACUGACAGACGCAUCUUCUCGCUCUUUUUGGAGAUAAUUUCUGAUCUUGGCGUUGUUUUAAAACUUCUGCAGUCCUCACUGUCCAGCCAAAACAAUUUGUGCAAGACCCUUGAAACCUGCAAGGAGCUCCUCAGCCCCAGCAAUAACAUAAAUGAACUCAGGGCACACUAUCCACACAGUGAGAUUAACCGCCUGAGUUGUGAUGAAGCAAGGAAUUUCUAUGGUGGAAUUGUGAGCGUGAUUCCACUGGCUUUAGACCUCCUCACUACUUAUUUUAAAGGAGGUGCUCAACCUGUCACUCCAUCAGUUACAGAAACAUCUCCCCAGCAAACAGAGGCAAAGAGCAUUGGGAUGUCUGCUGACCUUGAUAAGGCUACCAGUAACAACUCUACAUCUAAGAAAGGCACAGGUGGAUGGCAUGCUGGAAAACCAGCCUGGAAGCCACCAGGCCAGACAAGCCAUUAA